AUGGCACCGCACUUUAAGUUUGGGAAGAAGCAGAAGGUCAAGAAAGAGGAGACUUUGUCUGCGUCUCCGGUAUCAAAUAGCACGCCAAGCUCUUCAAACACAUCCCAAUCGGAGGCAUGGCAUCCUGGACAAUCAAUUACGCCUACAAAGGGGAAGCAAAACUACCCUAGGCCCAAUGGGGAACGAAUUAUGGUUGAUCCAGUGCAAAAAAGGUCAGUGUCGACCCAAAGCACUUUGCAGCAGCAUGUAUACACGCCAUGGAACAGGGUGAGACUUGAGAAGUCGCCUUUCCCGAGAUAUAGACAUGUGGCCAGUUCCUAUGCGACAGAUCAAGGGGAGUUGUUUGUCAUUGGUGGUUUACACGAUCAAUCUGUGUACGGCGAUACGUGGAUUAUUAAGUCUAUAGAUAACGGGACGCGUUUUAGGUCUGUGGCUAUUCCUAUUUCAGAUUCGACACCGCCUCCUAGAGUUGGUCAUGCGUCGACUCUUUGUGGGAACGCGUUUGUAAUUUUCGGUGGGGACACUCAUAAGGUGAACGAGGCAGGUUUGAUGGAUGAUGAUGUUUAUUUGUUUAACAUCAAUUCGCAUAAGUGGACUAUUCCAAAGCCGCAGGGUCCUAGACCUUUGGGUCGGUAUGGCCAUAAGAUCAGCAUCAUUGCUGCGAAUCCAAUGAAAACUAAGUUGUAUGUUUUCGGUGGUCAAUUUGACGACACGUAUUUCAACGAUCUAGCGGUGUAUGAUCUUUCUUCGUUCAGGAGACCUGAUUCGCACUGGGAGUUCAUCAAACCGGAUACAUUUAUGCCUCCGCCAUUGACAAAUCAUACCAUGGUGUCUUACGACAAUAAAUUGUGGGUAUUUGGUGGUGAUACGCCUCAGGGUUUGACUAAUGAGUUGUUCAUGUUUGAUCCCAACGUGAACGACUGGACCGUAGUAAAAACCACUGGGGCCCAGCCACCACCGGUUCAAGAGCAUGCAGCUGUUAUUUAUCGCGAUCUCAUGUGUGUGUUUGGUGGUAAGGAUGCUCAGGAUAACUACUCUCAGUCAACAUAUUUCUUAAACUUGAAAAGCCUCAAGUGGUUUAAGUUCCCAGCGUUCAACAAUAUGAUUCCAAGGGCCAGAUCAGGUCAUUCCUUGACUCUAUUAGGAAAUAACAAGCUGUUGAUCAUGGGAGGUGACAAAUUUGAUUAUGCAUUUGCAAGUCAAACGGAUUUGCGUACCUCAGAUGUAGAUAUGGGCGCGGGCACUAUUGUCUACACUCUUGAUUUAACCAAGUUGCACGAGUUGUGCCCCGGCAUAUUCCAUGUCGAGGGACUUGCCUCUCAGGACAACUUUACCACCCCGGUGCUAAAAUCAAAUUCAAGAUUUGAUGAUAUUAAAAACAAAGAAGUAUCCAUCCUGUCACCAGAUGUAUCGAGUAGCAUCAACAGUUCAAAUUUAAUAACCACACCUUCAACAAGAAAGGCUUCGGAAUCUGUUCCAACAUCUGUAUCAACAAACAAGCCCAAAUCACCUGUUCCAGCAAGAGAUAUAAACGCGGAACCACCUAGGGUGCUUUCACUUCAAUCACACCGUAGCUCGGAUACCCAAAGUGAUACAGACCCAGACGUUGGGUCUGUAGAAGUUGUUCAAUACGGAACCUCGCCAGAAAGAGGAGAUGUUAAGAGAUAUGCAGUCACAGAUAAUAAGGCUGUUCCAGAAAUUCCAACAACACCUAAUACUCCUGUGACGCCAGGGUUACAAACAGCAGCCGCUAUAGCUGCUGUCGUUGCUGGCGAGACCAAACCCAAACCAACAGCCGAUUCCAUUGGAGAGCCCCAAGUUUCUGAGCUCCCACAUUCUCAACAACGUGAAAUCAAACCCGCUGUACAUGAUCAAAGAGAUAUUUUGGCACCCGCUGGAGCUAAUAAUAAUAUGGACUCGACACCCACAAUUACUUUAAGCGAACCUGCUCGUGUUGUAUCGGAAAAAUCUGAUCCGAUCAACAAUAGCAACAGCAGCAGCAAUAACAAUAACAAUAACAAUAACAAUCUACUAAAGGAACUUUUGUCGGAGUUGAAACAGUUGAAGGAAGACACUGUGAUUAGUGCAAACAGGGCCAAUCAACGUAUCACAGAAUUGGAACUCGAGAAUGCCGAGCUAAAGCAGUUCAACCAACUAAGCCAUCUGAACGACAUGAUCAAAUAUCAAGCUGAAGUGAUCGCGGAACUUCAAUCGGAUUCCAACUACAAGGAAAAGUACAUGGAAUUGCAAUCCAAAUACAGACUAUUGGACGACAAGUACCAACUUGCGUCGAAAGAGCUAAAAUCCAAAGAAACUUUCAUCAAUGAAAAUAUCAAGAAAUACAGCGAAUCUAUAGACUCAACAAUCGCGCAGGUGAAACAAAGACAGGCUAUGAAAUCUCCAUCGUCUCCUUUGAACAGACGUCGUGACUCUCUUAACGAGCUAACCUCCAAACUAAACCAAAUGAUGAUAGAAAACAAAGAACUCACCAACUCAAAAGAGCAAUUGUUCAAGGAGUAUUCCAAGCUCAAGAACGAACACUCGCAAGUAUCCUUGGACUUAUCUGCAACCAACGAGAGCUUGCUAGAUAUCGAAAACAACUAUAAAUCUGUGAUGGACUCACUGCGCACCUCGGGAAAUGCUAUAGAGAAACUACAACACGAAGUAUUGAAGCUGAAGAAGGAAAAUGCAAGACUCGAAUCGGAGUUGGAACAACGCGGCUCGAAUUCGUCCGGUUCUUCGAACGAUACCCAUUACCAACUAAAAAUCAAGGAUCUUCGCGCAGAGCUUUUCAUCAUCAAGGAGGAACGUGAUUCUUUGAAGGAGGAUAUAAUGACACUUAAGAAAAAACUACUUGACGUAGCGCCAUCUCCAUCACUAUAG